AUGACUACAUCUCACGCCUCAAAACCCUACAUUCCAGUCGCCGGGUUAGCCGAAGAUGGCUGGUCUGAAGAAGGAAAAGCAACAGCAACCUGCUACUGCGGUACUGUCCAGCUAUCAUUUCCAACUGAGGCCCCAGGCCUAGUCGACACAUUCCUCUGCCACUGCACUGACUGCCGUAAAAUCACGGCCUCAAUGUUCGCAUCUAACUUCAUCAUCGCGGACUCUCAUCUCACGCAUGUCCGAGGCCGUGAGAAACUAAGAACAUUCAGCCAGGCAAAGACUAUAGUAUCCGGACAGGCUAUGACGAAUUAUUUCUGCUCGGUGUGCGGGUCUCUGAUGUACCGCGUUGGCGAGGCGUAUCCGGGAACUAGCAUUCUGCGCAUUGGUACGGUGGAUGACUUUAGUCUGCAUAAGUCGAAGUUGAAGCCGAGAGUCGAGCAGUUUACCAAGGAUCGUGUUUGUUGGCUGCGGGAUGCAGAUGGUGUCAAGCAGGUUCAGGGCUCGGCUUAUACGCCACGAAACAGGGGGUCUGGAGAGGUUCUAUGA